GAAUUCGCUGUACACAAGACUUUCGUCUUCAUCGUCUAAUCACUGAAAUCCAUACACUUCUACAACAUAUGCAUACAUCGAUGCUUUAAUUCAUCUGAAUUAAUUUAUCAGAUCAUAGCAAUUCCUUUUACAGCAUAUAUAGAUCACAAUCUGCUGGUGUAUCUUCAGAACUGAAUUCCUCACAAAACGGUCAACUCUAAUCAAGAUCUGCACCUGCCCAAACAUUCAUGUCUAUUGCAAGUUCAUCGAAUGUUCCAUCAGCUGCCCUGAGAAUCGACGUGGUCGGAUUGAAGGAAGAACUCGAUGAAAUCAUUCACAGGGCCACCGGAGGGUCAGCUUCCCGUCAGGUCAUCCCAAUCGUCGGGAUGGGCGGAAUCGGUAAGACCACAUUGGCUCGAUCUCUUUACGAACUUACUUAUAUUAAGGAACACUUUGAUCAACGAAUUUGGAUUACAAUAUCGCAAGAUCGAACUUUUCGAGAGCUACUUCUGCAAUUUCCUAUUUGUCAGCAAGAACAGGAUAACAGUGAAAUCAUAUUAAGUGAUGAUCAAUUGGGAGUAGCGUUACAUAAAAGUUUAUUCGGGAGACGAUACUUGAUUGUGUUAGAUGAUAUGUGGAAUUUAAAAGAUUGGGAUAAUCUGCAGCUUUACUUUCCGAAUGCACAUGAGACUACCGGUCGAAUAAUUGUAACUACUAGGCUCGCGAAUGUGGCAAAAUAUUUCAGCUCUUGUAGCCUCGAGAUGAAGUUUCUUGAUAAAGAUGAGAGUUGGGAGUUGUUUCGUAAAACUACUUUCGGGCAAGAGACUUGUCCUAAUGAACUUAUCGAUGUCGGGAAGGGAAUUGCACAAAAAUGUAAAGGGCUUCCUCUCUCGAUUGUUGUUGUUGGGGGACUUCUAAAAAAAUCUUGUCGAGAAAAAGCGUAUUGGGAGAGCGUGGCGAAAGACAUAAACUCAUUUAUGCAUUCGGAAGGCGACGUGCAUUGCCAAAACGUAUUGUCAUUGAGCUAUAAUCGCUUGUUCGUACAUUUAAAACCGUGCUUUCUUUACAUGGCAAUUUUUCCCGAGGACCACGAAAUCAAUGUUUCGCAGCUCAUCAAGCUUUGGGUAGCCGAGGGAUUUUUCGAACCAGAUGACGAUGAAGGGAGUUGGGAAGGUGUUCUAGAGGGCUAUUUAAAGGACCUUGUCGAUCGAAAUCUCAUUCUAGUUCGGAGGUGGGGGCUGAAGAGAAAGAUUAAGACAUGCUAUAUGCACGAUGUUUUACGAGAUUUAUGUAUCAGGAUGGCUAAGAAAGAGGAGUUUAUUUGCGUCGUGAAUAGUCCGGCGAUUCCACAAGGCUUACAUAACCAGCGUCGUGUUGUUCUUCACGGAAAGCGUCAAUCUCAAGUCUUGAAAGCUAUCCAACAGCCGUUGCGUUCUCGUACUUUGAUUUGUGGCGGCGAAGGUCUUCCUCGUUUGGUGGACAGAUCGUUGCGCGUUUUGGAUGCAGUCGAAAUAGGUUCUUUCGAAGAUGUAUUUAAGCAUGUUCACUUGAGGUACAUUGGUUGCAAGUCGAGCUCUCUACGCAGUAUUCCUUCGACAAUAUCUCAACUCUUGAAUGUGCAGACAAUCAUCUGCCACAAUACAUUUCUAGCUUCUGCGCCGACUGCAAUUUGGAUAAUGAAACACCUCAGGCACGUCGUAUUCAACGAGAUUCAUCUUCCCGACCCCCCUCAAAUCACAGAUUUGCCUGCUCUGGAACACCUGCAGACUUUUAUGAAAGUCGUGAACUUCAAGUGCAGCGGCGAAGUUCUUCGAAGGAUGAGGCAAAUCAAGAAGCUACAAAUCAAGUACGAGGAAUUCGCCGGGGAAAGUAGGACCGCAGCAUACUUCUAUGCUGAAAACCUCUGUCACUUUCCAAUGCUCGAAUCGCUCAAAGUUUCUUUUUACGUCAAGCGAAGUUUGAGGCUCGACUUCCAGCAGCUUCUAACAUAUCCAUCCUCACUUAAGAAGCUGACAUUAGACAACGUCGAGCUCUGCUGGAAUGACUUGGAAAAGUUCGGCAGGUUGCCUAAACUCGAAGAUCUCAAACUUAAGGGCGCCAUUGCAGGAGAUUCAUGGGAUCCUAUCGAAGGAGGAUUCGAUUCUCUGAAGUCUCUGAGGAUUGUGGCAUUCAUUGAUCUGAUAAUCUGGAAUGCGGACAAGUCCCAUUUCCCAGUUUUGGAAGUUCUUGAUCUUGGCGGCGUGCCAAAGUUGGAGAAAAUUCCUUUGGAAAUCGGAGAUAUAGCUACUCUAAAGGUUAUUAAGUUCUGUAGCAGCCGAGCCGACACAGCCAUUUCGGUAAUGAGAAUAUUAGCUGAGCAGGAGAGUUUUGGGAACGAGGGCCUUCAGGCUCGAGUCACGUUCAUGAACAAGAUCGAAGAAAGGCGUUUCUGGGAAAUGGCAGAAACAGAGGAGUUGGGAAGCAGUAAUUUUGUAGUUGAAACUGGAAAAUAAGAUGGAAUGGGCAAAUCAAGCAACUGUGUAAUAUACAUACAUAUAUAUAUAUAUGUAUUAUAAAUAUGUGUCAGUUUUUUUUUUUUUUUUUUUUUUAUAUGACGUGGAACCCGCAGCAGCUACCCGAAAGUGCGCACUGGGUAAACCUACGAUCGAACUUAAUACCCUGCAAACUAGGCCCGACAGGCCAGUCAUACUAGGCGAACAUGUGUGGCAGGUGACCUGAGACGAGGCGUCGGGGAUUUAAACCAAUGACCUUAUGGUCACACAGCCAAUCGCUACACAUGUGUUUAUAGAAAACAAGAUUAGGAUAUCUGAUUGAUUUUCAUAUGAAGAUAUUCUUGCAUAUAUGUGCUUGAAUAAUUUUCUAACCCUUGAUAUCCCACAUGAUAGGUAGGGUUGGCAAACGAACUAGGUUUGGUUGGAUUUAGGUUCGAGUUAGCUAUAAAAGUGUUAAAAAACUUUUGAUUUGAA